AUGCUAUUGCGAAAAGCUAAUAUCCCCCGGAGUCGAUGCCGCGUCCGCACAGAGGCAAGUUUGGCCUCUCCUCUUGCGGAUAGAGAGGACAGGCAGGCAAGCCCUUCAAGAUUAGAGUGUCCGACCUCCGAAAUCGGAGGGACGCUUAAUCCAGGGCGUCUUGCUAGCAAUGUCAGGGGCGUAACAUUUCGAGACCCCAGAAUUGAACCAUGGAAAUGGAGAAUCUUGAAUCAAGACCAUUCAAGCGAAGCAUCAUCAUUAGACCCAUUAAUCAAGCUCGAAGCACAAAUUCAUGUUAUCCUUAACGGGUUGUGCUGA